AUGCCUCACCCUGUCUCACCACCGACAAUGGUGUCCAAAGACGCUCCUCCGCCGCCGUCGCAGGAGGACGUCGCUGGCUUCAUCAACACCAUUUUCAAUGCCCCGACUUCUGCCGCCUCUGUCGAUGCCAGCUACGGCCUGUGCGAGCUGCUGCUCAACUCGGUCGGCUACGCGGGCCUGACCCAGUACGGCGUCCUGACUGACCUCAAGAAGGCUGCCGCCGACAAGAAGAACGGUCUCAAGAGGGAGAGCAGCCAGAACCUCCUCGGCGCCAUCUUUGAGCGCUUCCCACCGAAACAACCCACCUCCGAGGUCGUCUUCCUGCUGCAGGACGAGGGACUUGUGCCUUGUGCGCUGGACGCACUGGCUGAUAAGGGCGCCGUCGUACGCGAGGCAGCCCAGUAUGGCCUGGAUGCGCUGUUUAAUAAUUUGAGUGCCGAGGCGCUUGUCACUGGCUUGCUGCCGCUUUUGACCAAGUACUUGGAGAAGAAGACGGGCAAGUGGCAGGGCACCGUCGGCGCCUACAAGCUGCUCCAGAAGAUGGCCGACAAGGCCAAGUUGGCUAUUGGAGCUAGCAAGGAGGAGGCCGAGGAGAAGGAUGUCCUUCGCGAGGCCAUGGGAUCUAAGCUCGCUGGCUUGAUUCCCAUUGUCGAGGGCGGCAUGCACGACUUGAAGGCUGAGGUCGAGAAGCAGGCUGUCCAGACCAUGAACUCACUCACGACUCUGCUGUCCAACGACGAUGUUGCGCCUCGAAUUCCGCUCCUCGUUGAAACCAUGCAGCAUCCUUCGGCUCAGGCUACGCAAAAGGCUAUCCAUGCCUUGUCCCAGACCACCUUUGUGGCUAUUGUCACUUCGCCUGUUUUGGCACUCCUGACGCCUUUCCUCGAGCGAUCGCUCAACUCGCCCAACACUGCGCAGGAAGUUUUGCGACAGACGUGCGUCAUCACCGAGAACUUGACCAAGCUUGUUCACGAUCCUAUCGAAGCCAGAACAUUCCUGCCUAAGCUGUCGCCUGGUAUCAAGGCUGUCGCUGAUCGCGCCUCGCUACCCGAGGUCCGUGAAAUUGCUGAGCGCGCUCUUGCCAUCAUGGAGAAGGCCAUGGCCAAUGACAAGGAAGUCAUUGCUCGUACUACCCUUGACGAUGUCGCGAAGCUAGUGGACGAGCAGAUCAAGAAGAAUGGUGGUCUUUCUACUCAGCAGGAUAUCUACAAGCUGGUUCGACCUUAUAUCUGCGACAUGGUUGCCACUGAUGUUAACUAUCGAUUCGUCAAGCGUAUCGCUGCUCGCAUCGCUCCUUAUGUGCAGCCUCUUUUGCAGGACCCCGCGGCUGCUCAGAAGGUUGCUGAUGCCAUUCAGCAGCAUUAUGUUGACGAAGACCACCGCCGGUACGGUGUUCCCGAGAAGGAGGAUGAUGGAGAGGUUGAGAUUGUGAAUGCCGACUUCUCUCUGGCCUAUGGUGGCAUGCUGCUCUUGUCGCAUACCAACUUGCGCUUGCUCAAGGGCCACCGCUACGGCUUGUGUGGUCGCAACGGUGCCGGAAAGUCUACACUCAUGCGAUCUAUUGCCAAUGGCAAGCUUGAGGGCUUCCCUCCUCAGGAUGUUCUGCGCACAUGCUAUGUUGAACACAACCAGGGUGAGGAUGCUGACAUUUCCAUUCUCGAAUUCGUCUCCAAGGAUCCCGAGAUUGGACCCCAGGGCACGGAGCGUAUUUCCGAAGUUCUGACCGAGUUUGGCUUCACUCCUGGCCCUGAAGGCCGUCAAGCUCAAAAGGUCGGCUCGCUUUCUGGUGGUUGGAAGAUGAAGCUUGCUCUGGCUCGUGCUAUGCUUAAGAAAGCCGACGUCCUUCUUCUUGACGAACCUACCAACCAUCUUGAUGUGGCCAACAUUGCCUGGUUGGAGAACUAUCUCAAGACUCACCCGGACAUUACCAGCUUGAUUGUCUCCCACGACUCUGGAUUCUUGGACAACGUCACCACCGACAUUUACCACUACGAGCCCAACAAGAAGUUGGCCUGCUACAAGGGCAACCUGGCUGCCUUUGUGGCCAUACGCCCUGAAGCUAAGGCUUACUACACCCUGUCUGCUUCCAACGUGCAGUUCAAGUUCCCUCCUCCCGGAAUCCUAACGGGCGUCAAGUCGAUGACCCGUGCCAUCAUUCGCAUGACCAAUGUUUCGUACACCUAUCCCAAGGCUACGAAGCCCUCGCUGUCCGAUGUCUCAUGCCAACUCACUUUGUCUUCUCGUGUGGCCAUUAUUGGACCCAACGGUGCAGGCAAGUCUACUCUUAUCAAGCUUCUCACCGGUGAGACCAUUCCGGACACCGGCAAGGUCGAGAAGCAUCCCAACCUGCGUAUCGGCUACAUCAAGCAGCACGCUCUGGAGCACGUGGAGAUGCAUCUCGAGAAGACGCCCAACCAGUACCUGCAGUGGCGAUAUGCCCACGGCGACGACCGUGAAGUGCACAUGAAGCAAACCCGUGUUUUGUCCGACAAGGAUCGCGAGCAGAUGGACAAGUGGAUCGAUUUGAAGGACGGCAAGUCUGCCAAGCAGAUUGAAGCCCUUGUUGGUCGUCAAAAGUACAAGAAGACGUUCCAAUAUGAAGUUAAAUGGCGCGGUCUCCUCCCCAAGCACAACAACAUGAUCUCCCGCGAGACCCUCACAGAACUCGGCUUCGACAAGCUCGUCCAAGAGUUCGACGACCACGAAGCCUCCCGCGAAGGUCUCGGCUACCGUGAGCUCCAACCCUCCGUCAUCUCCAAACACUUUGAAGAUCUCGGCCUCGACCCCGAAAUCGCCAACCACAACGAAAUCGGCUCCCUGUCCGGCGGUCAAAAGGUCAAAGUCGUCAUCGCCGGCGCCAUGUGGAACAACCCCCAUCUCCUCGUCCUCGACGAACCGACCAAUUUCUUGGACCGCGACUCCCUAGGCGGUCUGGCCGUUGCCAUCCGCGAAUUCAAAGGCGGCGUCAUUCUCAUUUCUCACAAUGAGGAAUUCGUCGGCGCCCUGUGCUCCGAGCAAUGGCACGUUAAUGACGGGCGUGUCGCGCAACGUGGCAACGCUGCCAUCGCCCUGGAUAGGUUUGAGGAUUCCCGACCUGGCAGCGGUGUUACUAGCACGGCUGCUAGCUCUGUUGUUAGUAGUGCGGUGAAUUCGGGCGUGGAGGAUAAUUCGGAGAUGAAGUUCCGCGCUAGGAAGAAGAAGAAGAUGACGAAGAAGGAGCUCAAGGAGCGGGAGGUGAGGAGACGGUUGAGGCAUAUUGAGUGGUUGAAUAGUCCUAAGGGGACUCCUCAUCCUCCUGAUACGGAUGAUGAGGAUAAUUAG